GAAAAAAUAAAAGGAAGGUAUGGUUUCAUUAUAAGAAUAUCGCUAAAUAUUCUUUAAAGAUUGCUAUAUACAUUUAUAUUUUACUAAUUCCUUAUUAUUACUUUAGGAAUGAGUGAAGAAAAUUAAUUGAAUGCUGAUAAAAACUAAAACAAAAAUAAUCUUGAGAAAAUAAUUAAGUUAGAUAAAAAGAAUGGGAAUUUUGAUAUUUAUGAUAAAUAUUCAAAGUAGUAUAAAUUUCAAUAGAAAUAGGCGUAAAUUGAAAAUAAGGAUCUGUUAGAAUAAUUCACACAUCAACAGUUCAUAUUAAAAUGAAUAUAUUUUGUGCUAUUUUUGGAGACACAUAAAUUAAGUAUAUUUCAAGAAAAUUGAUGAACCUGAAUAAGAGAGACUUGAUUAUCUAAAGGCUAUGAAUGAGGAUAUUUUACACACAGAAUUUCCUGUGAAAUAUGCAGAUUACAAGUUUUACUAAGCAAGAUCAAUAUUAAAUAAGUAAUAUUUGAAAUAAGAAAAUGCCACUUAUUAGGAAAAUCUAAAGAAACAUAUUAGAUUAAGUGGACUUAUUCACAAAGCAAAGGAUUUAAAAAUACCUCAUAUUGAUAAAAUAUAUUAUAUGAAAUAGAAAGCAAUGGUUAAUUUUAAAUAAAAAAACAUUAGGUAUAAAUUAAUUAAUAAAAGUUCGUUAACAUAAGAAAAUGCAUAAUUAGAUAAGUUACUUGAUAAGUUAAAUGAAUAAAUAGAAUUAAGAACUGGAAAAUAAGAUGAAAUAUUUUAAUAGUUGUAAGAAUAUUAACAGGAAUUACAGUAAAUAAACAAGUCAAAUAAAAAAGAUCUUAUAAAUUUGAAUUAAAAAAUUAAAUCUGAAUAACCAUUAAAUGUUUUUGGGACAUAAGUUCAUAUUUAUAAAUAGGCUCGAAACAAUAAUAAUAAUGGAUUAAGCAAAAAUUAAAUAAUAUAUAAUAAUGAAGCUUUGUUAACUUAUUUAAGAAAGAGUUUAGAACAAUUGGAUUAUAGAUAAACUGCUGAAUCAAUUGUAAAAGUAGUUAAUUCAACUCAUUCUUAAAAUGGAUAUACAUUUUGUGUUGCUUUUGAGUAAGCUUUAAAUUCUAAUAAUGUGAAUAUAGAAGAAGAUUUAAUGUAUGAAUUGGAUAAAUUAAGAGAUACAUCUCUAUUUAAAUUUUACAAUAUUCCUUAAAAAACUAAAUAUUCUCAUAUAGCUUAGAAUGUAUUAAUAAAAAUAUAAUAUAAAGUUUAUUGGAAUUAAUUAAGUUUAAAAUAAUAGAUAGAAACCAAAUCCAUUAAUUAAUAAAAAUCUUACAAAAGAAUCUAAAAUAACAUCAUAAAGUGAUAAUGAUUAAAAUAUAUUACGUUAUGAAGCAUGUCAUCAUUGUAAAAUGUUGUUUAGAGAUGAAUAUUUAAUAUCUUGUAAUUAUAGAAGUGGUACAAUGGGAUUGCCAAUUGUAAAUUCAUCAAUUACAGAUUCUUAUUUAUUUUCAUAGAGUAUUCAUUUAAAUAAUAAAUUAGUGGAUAAUGAAGGAAUAACAAGUAGAAGAUAAGUACCUAAUAGAAAGAAAACUGCUUAUAGUAUAUAUUCAAAGAAAAGUAUUAAUUUUUAAAAUUAUUAAGAUGGUGAAUUAAUAUGCUAAAGGAAAUUCUGUAGAAUGUGUUUAAAAUAGAAUUAUGAUAUUAAAAUUGAAGAAAUUGCAUAAAAAACUGAUUGGGUUUGUCCAUUUUGUUAAGUAUAUUAUCGAAUUAAUAAUAAUUAAAUAGGCAAUUUGUUUUUGUUCAAGAUGUCAAAGAAAUGAUAUCAUGAUAAAAUUGAAAGAUCUUUAUACAAUAUGUGGAGGAGAUCUUGAAUAAUUAACUAAAGAUUCAAUUUUUGAAAAACAUGUCAGACCAUUAACUGAUGAAUAAAUAUAUAAAAGAAAACCCAGUUAAUUAUAAGUAUAUUCUAUUAUUAUGUUAUAGAGAACUGGGUAUUCUUUAAUCAAAUAGUAAUUAACUAAUUUUAAAGAGUAGUAAACUAUAAGACUUGAUUUUGAAAAUCUUAGAUUAUUAUGCUCAUAGAUUAUGAGAAGAGAAAAAAUGAAAUGGAAACUAUUAGAAUAAGAUGUGUUUAUGUGGAAUUAAUAUAUAGAAUAAUAAUAAUAAAAAUAGAAACCUAAGAUUGUUCAAAAAAAUAAUAAAUUAUAAAGAAAAACAAAAUCAAUUACUUAAAAAAUAUAAAAGUAAGAUAAUUUAUAUAUCUAAUAAGAUAGGUCGAUUAACUUUAAUAAUUUUCACCCUCAUCUUCAAGUAGUAGUGAAUAUCUUUAAAGCAGUGAAUAUGAAUCUGAAGAAAAUUAAAACUAAUUCAAAAAGAAUAAAUAAAUCAUUCCAACUAAAAUCAACAUUAAAUCUUAGUAUAAAUAAUAGAAAUAAAAAUCACUUUAGAAAAUAUUGUAAAAUUAUAAAUCUUUUCCAAAUAAAAAUAUUAAGAGAGAAGUUGCCUAUCUUUUACAAUAUCAAGAUAGUGAUACUUACAGCUUAAUUCUUAAAAAAAUCAAAUAAGAACAAACAAAAAACUCAUCUAAAAGAUGA